AAUAUCAAAAUAAUCGAUUGAUCUGGCAACACUUACAACCACGACAAAAAGGUUUUGUCCUGAGCUGAGUCCUGAAGUGAGUAAAUUGCUACCGGAAUUCUACUUUAAUAUGAAUAGGAAAUCAAGGUAUAAUCACUCAACAAAUUAUUUGAAGUUACCUUUUACCAAAUACCACACCGAUAGUAGCAUUAUCUCCAUUCGAUUAAGCAAACGAAACUUCAACAUCAGGGGCUAGUAGCUUUUGCUAUUGUUUUUUACCUCGCUGCAUCGAUCUGCAAGCAACAGGUACAGGUUAAGUAUACCUAUUUGAUUAUCCAAGCAAGUCAUUGUUGACCUUUUGGUUCUUUUACCUAUUCAUUGCAUUGCUCUCGUCGCGGCCACCGCGUACUUAAGAAAACCGAAUUGAAUUUUCUAGUUCUACUUAUUGAAUAAACACCCAUUGUUCUAGCUCUAGCUUCGCGAAAAUCAAAAUGGCCUCGUCCAACAAGAUGAAUGCUAAAAACCGCAAAAACUCCGGCCCAGGAGCCCCGAGCUCGGGGGUUCCCUCGUUGCAUAGUGAGAAAUCGCCUUUGAUUUCAUCCCGGGACUCCAAUCAGUCUUCGAAUUACGACCCUCGCCGAAAUUGCUUGACGUUUGACCAUAUGGAUUGCAAAAAUGUCUGGGUCUGGAAGAAUGGAAGGCUUGUCAUGCUUGUCUGGCAUGACCCAUGAUGCUUGUAAUGCAUGACCCAGCAUCACCGAUUUUUGGAAAGCUUCCUGAUGCCAUUUCCGCAUGACAAAUGCCCUCCUCGCGUUGCACAAAUGUGGCUCCUCUUGCUGGUCAUGCAAUACAGAUUUUUUUAGAGUCCAAAGUUAGCAUCACAAGUUCCAACUUUCCAGACCCAGACAUUUUUACAUUUGAUAGACCACUUAACCUACACGGUGACGAACAAGUCCACGGGAAAAGACCUGGAUUUUAUCACGAGAAAAAAAUGUUACAGUUACACAUUUGUCGGAGUUUCUGCAUCACAAAUUUUUUCUGUGUGGCAGAGAAAACUUGUAAUGCAAAGAUCAGAAGGAGAAAUACGUAGGAAACGAGGCUCGCAAGCAUUUCCGGCAUGACACAGAUUCUCUGUCUUGCGGCUCCUGCAGCACAAACUGUAACACUUUUUUCUUGUGAUAGAUCUGCUUUCCGAUGUCUCCGCCACGCUGUACGCCGGCGAGGUGUGCGCCAUCAUGGGCCCCUCUGGGUGCGGGAAAUCCACGUUACUGAACGCCUAUGAAAUGCAAAAAUGUCUGGGUCUCGAAUGAAGCAACUUGUCAUGCUAAAUCUGAAUCAUGUAAAAAUCUGCGUUGCAUGAUUACCAAAAGCUGUCCACUUGUGACCAAGUUACCAUGGAGUUUCUCAUGUAGGAUAGGAAUGGCAGAGACCUCGCAGAGUCUGUCAUGCUAAGUCCCGCAUUCCAGACCUCAUGGGUCAUGGAGAAUCUGCAUGACAAGUAGUUUACACUUUUCCAGACCCAAACAUAUUUGCAAUGCAUAACGCCGUUUCGGGUCGCACGCCCUGGAACGUCGGGCACGGGCUGGGCUUGAAGGGACGAAUCCUGUACAACGGGCAGCCGUUGACCAUCCAGCAAGUCCAGUCUUCCGUCGGGUACGUGUUUCAGGACGACGCGUUGGUCGCGACGCAAACCGUGCGGGAGACGGUGGAAAUGAGUUGUAAACUGAGGACUACGAUGGACGCGGACGAGCGGGAGCGGAAAAUUGAGCACGUGUUGAAGGGGAUUGGCUUGAAGGUGUGUGAGCAUGUGUACGUCGGCAAUGACUUGAUCAAGGGUGUUUCCGGGGGGCAGCGGAAGCGAACCAGCACGGCUUGCGAGCUGGUGACUGACCCCGCGAUCCUGUUUCUGGACGAACCGACUUCAGGUACUGUUGUAGUACUGAUGGUUUAGGUUUGUGCAGAAAAAUGUAUUCGUUGUAAAUAUGCCCAGUAGCAGCUGUACCUGCAACAAUAGAUGCAAUACAAAAAAUUUCAUAUUUUGAGUUCGGCGAAAAAAUAAACCUCCGAAUCGCAUGAAUUAAUCAGGUCUGGAUUCCUACAGUGCGUCUCAGCUGAUUCACGAACUGAAAUUGCUGGCGAAGGAGCUGAAUGCCGUUAUCGCGUGCACGAUCCAUCAGCCGAGGUACAAUAUGAGUGGUCUUCACCGUUGCUAUUCUAGAUUGUGAAUUGUACUUCGAAUCCGGCGUCGGUGCAUGAUAGUUCUAUUGCACGAGCCGCUGCGUCAAUUGGACGACAUGAUAUAAGCACAAGUUUCAAAUUUAACACUGAACCUUUACGAUGUAGUUGAACUUGAAAAGCAAUAAUUAUGAAAAACAGCUCCCAGCUUUUCAAGGAGUUUGACCGCGUGAUGGUGAUGCACCGAGGCCGCCUAUGCAUUGCAAAUAUGUCUGGGUCUGGAAGGUUGGAACUUGUAAUGCUAGCUCUACAUUACUGGGAAAUCUGUAUUGCAUAAGCAACAAAGGACGCAGCCUUUUUUGUCAUGCAAAAACGCAGUUUCUCAUGCGGACUUCCUAUGAGAAAGCAUUCUGGAAAGUUGUCAUGCUGGGCUGCAUUCGGAAGUAUUUCCAUCAUCCACAUUUUAGCAUCACAGGUUUCCAGACCCAGACAUAUUUGCAUUUGAUACCGCCUGAUCUUCCACGGUCUUGGCAACUCCUACCUGGACAAUGUGGAGCAGGAACGUCGGGAGUUCGCCCGCCAGUCUAGCGCGCUCUCCACCGUCAGCACCCUCCCCGCGCACACGUCCCGGGACAGCGACCCGUUGCGGCUGACGAUCAACGAGAACCUGUCCUCCCUCGGCUACCCCUGUCCCCCGGACACGAACGUCGCGGAUUGGAUGCUCGAGGUCGCGCAGGAGAUGGACGAAAAUGCGAUUCAAGAGGCGUGGAACUUUAUGCAUUGCAAAAGUAUCGUAAAAGUAUAAAUCGCAUGACAAAUUUCCUCAGAAUGUAAAAUGGAAUUUGUCAUGCUGAUUUACCUUUGGAAUCCGAUUUGUCAUGCGUAUGAUCUGCGAUUAGUACAGCGAGUACGAUGCUUUUGCAAUGCAUAAACUUGACCCGGUCCCAGUACGACGAGAAGCGGCUGCAAGCCUUUUCUUCCAACCAGGUGCCCAAACCCCGCGUGCGAGCCGGGCUCUGCACGCAGCUCGGGUGUUUGUUUGUGCGGGAGGUGAACGCAAUCCGGCGGAACUACCGGGUGUUGGUCAUCCGGUUAUCGACUUUACUCUUCUCCGCCUUCCUCACCGUCGCGUUAUAUUACAACGUGUCGCGCAAAAAAACCGCCCCGGAAAUUGUCCAGGACAUCGGCGCGGGGGUGGGCGCCUCCACUCCCGGGCAACCGGAGCAAAAGCGCGCGGUUGAGGUCGGCCAGUUCUACGUGAGUAUGAUGUCGCUGGGGAUCAAUCUGCUGCAGAGCGCCAUGUUUGGUUGCGGGAUGCCGCAGUUGCUGACGUUUCCCGCGGAGAGGAACACGUUUUUGCGGGAGUUCACGGGGAGAUACUAUUUGGUCUUCUCCUACAUCACCGCGAAACUCUUCGUCGAGGUGGUGCUCAACGUGUAUCAACUGUAAAAAUGUCUGGGUCUGGAAGAUUCUGACACUUGUCGUGCACGUUUUGCAUGAGCCAUGAUGUCUGUGAUGCAUACCCUAGCAAUACAGAUUUUCUGAGGGCUUCCUGAUGCCUAUUCCGCAUGACAAAUGCCUUCUCAGCGGAGCAAAAAUUGCAUUUCCUUUGGUACUCAUGCAAUACAGAUUUUUUUGGAAUCCAAAUGCAGCAUCACAAGUUGCAUUCUUCCAGACCCAGACAUUUUUACAUUUGAUAACGUGGUCCACGUGAUGAUCCUGGCCUCGAUUUUGGAGAUCCUGGGCUUCUUAUGACAGUGCACAACUCCCCCUCCCCCUCAUUUGUAUGGCAUGAGCAGCAAUACAGACACCAGCACACAUGGAGCCUAUGCAUGACAAAUUUUUGCGCCUCGUGUAAGUAUUACUGUCAGGACUUCCAGAACUUGUCAUGCAAACAGUGCUAGUACAAGGCAGCAGCUGGAUUUGGGAUUUUGUAUGACAAAUGAAGGGGAGGGGGGGUUGUGCACUCUCAUACUUCUACGGGCUGUGGAUCUGGUUCGUGAUUGCCGGGUGGCUCAUGGCGUCGGUGUUCACCUCGAUGGCGUUGGUGGGCGCCGCGUCCACCAGCACCGUAACCUCGGCGAUCCAGAUGAGCUCGGUGUUCACGAUGCUGCAAAUACUGUUCUCCGGGCUGUUCGUGCCGCCGGGCAACAUCCCGGUCUGGUUGGCCUGGAUCCGGUACAUCACGGGCAUGGGGUUCGCGAACGACUUAGCCACCCGGGUGCAGUACAACCAAGUGAAUCUGUAUGGAGAGAAAAAAGUUUGUCACAGUCAGUAAGUUGCUGGCUUUGCAUUACAAAUUUUCUCAGCAUCACAAACCUUCCUUGUAUUGCAGAAACACUAGGGAAAUCCCUAAUGAAGUUUGGCUGUGAAGAUGCAUUUUUACGCAUGACAAACAGUUUUGUGUUGCAAAAAUGCGCAUGAGUGAUCGUGACGAACUUUUUUUCUUUCAUAAUCUGAUUUUGGAAGACUACGCGAGUACCAACGGCGCGGACAUCGUGCCAGACGGGCCGAUAUCAAGUCAAAAUAUUUCUGCGUCUGGAAGAAUGCAACUUGUGAUGCUGCAUUUGGAUCCAAAAAAAAUCUGUAUUGCAUGAGCAGCAAUAAAGAAAGGGAGUGUAAAUUUUUGUUACGCGGAGCGGGCAUUUGUCAUGUGGAAUAGGCAUCGACACGCCCUCAAAAAAUCUGCGAUGCUAGGGCAUGCAUCACAGACAUUAUGGCUCAUGCAAAACUUGCAUUACAUCCAGACCCAGACAUUUUUGCAUUUGAUGGCCGAACAAGGGGGCCACGGUGUUGCAGGUCGCGACCGUGCACAAACGGGUGCUGGAUCAGCGGGUGUCGCUGAUGGCCUGGGACCACGGGGGCUUGGAACAGACGUACUGGUACGAAGUUGGGAUUUUGCUCACGUUGUUCGUGGUCUACCGGACCGUGGCGCUGGUGAUUCUCCGGAUGACCAGCUCCUACGCGGUGCGAAACUAAAAAAACGACAACGAGUGAGUUCUGCAUCCGCAUGACUGAAGAUCACGUAGAAGAUAGAAACGAUUAUAGCAUCAUACAUUUUUCCCCAUGGUUUUUGAUUCUGUGCACCACUAGCACUGAGUAGCUAUGUUCAACAUCUAUAGUACCGGAAAAUUCAGAUAUGACCUAAAAAAAUGUCCACCGUGCAAAGAUGAACGGGAAGAAGACACUUCGUUUUUAUGCAACGCCACUGAAGAUGUUCCGCCACUAGUACUUAUAGCAUAGUAGGAAGGCGUACUUACUUACUAAGCCACUACAACCGCCAGCGAAUUUAUUAUUUAGGACGUGCGAUCGACUAGAGAAGUUCACAAACGAUCGAACUUCCUACCACACGAAGAUUAACGCGGCGGUUAGAAGUUCUUACUUUCCUAUCUAGACGUACGAAAAACGACCAUCACCAAAACACACGACGAUCUGUUAUUUGCGCUCCUGUUUCAUGGUAAAAGGUCGCAAAGCUUCUAUGCGACAGCAACCUUUCGCGGACUCCGUCCAUGAAACGGAUGUGCGAACGACGACUCACGUGAUCGUUUGAGAUGUCGAGAUCCUCUCGGCGUCGAGGCCGCUAAUCAUUUUAUGCAUAGCGAAGUGUAGAAUUUCAUUUUGAAGUGAUGGUCCUAGUAUUCUAAUUCUUUGCACAUUUUAAGACGGAACAUCAGUUUUUCAUCUUGCACGACCUGUACGAUGCUUGUUGUGAGUGCACACGACAACAUAGAGUCUAUGCUGUGUGCUUCAUACAUUGAUUCCUGCGAGGAAAGUAGAUGGCGCGACCACAACUUUUUCUACCCACAAACCGAAGGAUUUUUGAUCCCUCGACCCCAGCGUCGUUACGCUAGCGACGCUCGGCAAGUAUUCACGGCGCGCGAGGACAAAAGCGUGCCUAGAGUCGUGAGGAAAUGGAAAUGAAAAAUCAUAAGUCACAAGAAC